AUGCAUUACCUAAGCUGGAGAGCUGAAGAGCUGAAGACGUGUGUACGUCUGCCCUCAGCCACAAUCAUCCCGGUAACACUUCCUGAAAGUGGGAGGGGCGGGCUGGAGCGGUGCGGUACGGCGGCCGGCCGAGUUCUAGGCUUCCCGGCCGUCGGAGCCAUAGCCUUGGUAGAACUUGCGGCUGAGAUGGCUAUCCACAAACCACUUUACACAUUCCUGCACUGUCUUUUGGCUGCGUCUAAUUGUUCCCAGGUUCCGCGUUCUUCAGUCUUUACACGUUUCAGCAUUAACAACUCUGAAUCUAAAUCAAAGACUUGGUCAAAGACUUGGAACCGCGCACUCUAUACGAAGCUACCGGUUCGGCUACGGCGCCGGACGCGACGUGAGGCUUGGGUUGCGCUUACACCCACCCCAGGGCUUUUUCUUGUCUACCGUUCGGUGCUGCUUAAUCGUGGGGUCAUUCUUUCUAUUGCCCUUUUCGGACAGAAAGACCCUUCCUGUGAUGAUGUCUUGCAGAUCCCGUUGCGAACGAAAGAGAUUGAUGGCGUUGGACAAAAAAAAAACCCGGGACCGAAGAAACCUGACCAUGCCGAAUGGGUUGCAAACAGACGGAACACCGACCACGGCCCGGACGACGACUCGACGGAUACUGUUCUGACUUUGCCUGUGCCGUUGCCGUUGCCGGGAGGCUGGUCACGCAAGCCCCCCGGAGAUGACGCACCCCUCUUCUCCGCUAAUCUGGCAAAUCUUGAAGCUCGCAACUUUACAUGCACGUUUCUACCAAGGACGAUCCCAGCUGUGAAGAAUAGGCUCCGGCCCAAGGGAGAUUCGUUUCCCAUCUUUCGUUUAAUCAAUCGCAGAGCAGCUCCGGCCACCACGGUCUCUACCUUUGUCCUGGCAUUCCCUUGCGACACCGAACAAAGUCAUGCGGAGUUUAAGCUUUCGAAAUGUAUCUCAAACAGUUUGGCGAUCUUUCUUUGGAAGAUUUGCAAUCUGCAGAUACGACGCCGCGCUUGUCCCUCGUCGGAUUACAUAAACAGAAGCGUCGCCAAGCAGAACCACACGAGUCUUGGUCGAAAGCUCUUGGCCUUCCCUCGCUUCGGGCCAACCCCACAUCCUAUCUAUGCAAUCAAUCUGAAGCAGCAAGAAUCAAAAUCACCAACACGGUCCCCCGUUCGAGCUAAUCAGAUUAUAUCAGCUCUUGGUGCUGGGGGCUUCCCGGGAGGACAAGCACCACAAGAAUACUGCACCCUUCAAUCACGCGAUUCCCAAAGAGGAAUACUGCAGAAAUUUGAACCACCGCGAAAGCUACCUACAGGCUACGAGGCUACUCGUCCGAAAAAGCCCACGGGCCGUUUCGCCGCAAUUUCUCGUUGUGGUAAUGGAAGCCUCGGGAUGAAGGCACUAUCUUCGCCGUCUGGAGAUUGCGAACGCGUCUUGGCGUCGUGCGAGGUAGAUUCCGAUCCGCGGGCGGAGCUGGGGGUGUUCGUUUCCCUCUCUCCGUCCAAGCUCCAAGUUCUCGACACCACCUGGUGUGGCUCUGCGUGUGGUGUGGCUCCGUUGAUCCCGUCCCCCGUGCCAUUGCCACCAUUCUUCACCGCCGCCUCCCCGCGAUUCUUUAACAUUGCGAUGUUCAUGAGCGAGAGAACCCUCACCCCUCCAAAAGACCCUGACUUGUCAUAUCAUCGUCGUCGGGAUGUCGCGGCUGUUGAUCUCUCUGUGUACUGCGACCCUCUCUUCAUCAUGGGGAAUUUUCACGGUGAUCUGUCUACUUCGUUGUCGCGUUUUGCUCCUCUGGUCGUACAGAUCCUUAGUCAGAGUUCAGAGUCCAAGAGGGCCCAGGGAACCCAAAACCCGAGUCAAGGACAAAACACGGACCAGUCACUGGGCAACCCAGAGUCAGUGAGCCUUGCCUGCGGGUGUUGUGCAUCUCUAGCGGCCAUUGGUGAGACUUUCGACAUCUCUGGGGGAAGAGAGAGGAGACUCGAGUAUCGGUUCUCGGUGAGGCUUCAGCCAACGGGCUUACACCGAUUGCUAGGAGCCUCUGUCCGAGUCUUUCUCGAGAGCUUGAAUGUAAACGUCAACGGAUCACAUUUCCGACGCGUCUACACUACCAUUUGCGUUUCUUCCCGCUCCAUGCUCAGUACAGUCUAUCUACGAUUUCCUCCGUCUUCCGUAGUAAGGAAGCUCUGGGAGUGGCUGAAGCCUGGAAAGGUCAAGGUCAAGAGGGCAAUGGGUGGCAGUGGACUGGGGUUCUGGCGUCGCAGGUUGAGCAGUCCACAUGGGGAGAGGCAGCUCAACACUGGAGGAGUUAUACUCUGCAUUGCAUUGUGGGGUCCAAGACAUGUUCAAAGUCAGGUCAGCCGCGUAGGACGGGACCCCUGGAUCUAUGCAUGUAUUCUCUUCCGUUCGUCUCUUGGUCUUCCCGCGCCCCCAUCUCCGAUUCUGCUGGUGGUUUGUGGCCCCCGCGACACGAACAUUGGCCGGGUUGACCGUGGGCGGGAUGGCAUGGUGCAGACGUUGGAUGACAAGCACUUGGCACUACAGACGCGGGAGAAGCAGCGUCGCAACCGUACUUGGCCGAGCCUGUACCUGCAGAACGCGCCAUGCACGCUGCACCCGCCCUCCACUCAUUUAGAACUCCCAGUCGUUUCCCCCCUCCCCAUCUUCGGAAUACCCCAGUCGACAUCUGUUUCAUCUUCAUCUUUUCGUCGUUCGACUCUAUCUAUCACGAUGGCUCAAAAGAGUAACUCGACUUUGGUGGACCUGUUCAACGGUGAUGGAGAAGCCGAGCAGCGAGUGAUGCCCACACAGUCUGCUGUCUUGCUCAAUGUUUCGUUUGAUUUGAUCUUGGGGUUGUUUGUGCAGUUCUUCGUGGAGAAAGCUGUCAAAUGUAACCGUGCUGGAUGGAGACGUUGGAGACAAAGAGGGCAAGCUCUCUUUCACAAUCGAAAGAUGCGGGAUAGCAUCGGCCAAUGGCCCCUUCGGCUUUUCCCUCUCGCUACCCUCGCAUCACAUCUCAUUGCCGUCCCGUCGUACGGAGUCGUCGUCGUCGUCGUCGUCGUUAUCAUCUCAGCCUUGCAUUGCAUCGCAUCCAUGAUCCGCACAUCCACCGACGCUAUCAGGUCUCGCGUAGUAGAACGGAACGCCUCUCUCUCCAAGCCCUUGAGCCUCCAAGUCUUGGCCCCCUUUGCUCCCCCCCUUCCAGCACGUCGGCCUCUGUAUCCCCAUCCGGACCUGCAUCUCCUUCAGCUCCCCUGCAAACGGUCAGAAAAGUCGCCCACGCCUCCACAGCCCAAAGAAGAAGGGAAACUUAAUGCGUGCCCAUUAAGAUCGUCUUCAGGUUCUCUCGCCCCCCCGCGGCGGCGUAGAGUCGCACCGGCCAACGGGAUAGGCCACGUCCGCACCGUCCUCCGCACCCGUACCGGCCAACCGCCGAACCAAGCAGGAUUAACGAUUGCGGCAUUAUGUGCCAACGGUCACGCAUCAGCGCACCCGCGCCACAGAGACCGGCUACCUCUUAGCUCCAUUGCGACCGCCAGCCAACAGGCUCCUCAUGAAGCCAUGAGAGAUGGGGUACAUGCCCUCAAGUGCGUGUACUCUUCACGCCCGUCACCAUUUGCGACGCUGGCGCACUCUGGAAAGCGUGGUCACGAAGAGCGAGAGAUACCCAAAGCUUCCCAGCUCGGCGCCAUCACGCCCCCAGGUUUGGUCCAGCCAAACAACUUGGAGCUUUCUCUACCGUCCGUACACUUUUUUUCCCUUUUCUGCUGCUCGCCCGUUGCUCCUAUCCGGCGGCUCGGAAAGCUCUAA